UUCUUUAUUUCUUGAUGACAUCUCACACAGUAGGUUGAUUGUAAAUGUACCUUUAGAUUAUGUGGUGCCAAUAAUUGAAGGUGCAGCGCCUGUCUCUGCCACCAGGGGGCAUGUCGUCCUUUUAAGGUCGUCUCCUUCGGCUCCUUCCUUCCUACCCGCGGUCACGCUGUCACCGGCGCCCGAGCCCUGACGGACAAGAGCCUCGCAAAAUGAAGAUCUGGGCUUCAGAGCACAUUUUCAACCAUCCAUGGGAGACGGUGACCAAGGCGGCGAUGCAGAAGUACCCCAACCCCAUGAACCCCGGCGUGUUUGGUGUGGAUGUCCUGGACAGAAGCGUGGACACAGAGGGCCGGUUACACAGCACCAGGCUGCUCAGCACAGAGUGGGGGCUUCCCGCCAUGGCCAAGUCUCUCAUCGGGGUAACGAGAACAUGCACUUAUGUUCAGGAACAUUCAGUUGUGGACCCCAGAGAGAAGAGCUUUGAGCUGAAAUCUACAAAUAUCUCCUUCACUAACCUGGUGUCUGUGGAUGAGAAGUUGACGUACAAGCCACAUCCGCAGGAUCCUGAAAAGACGGUGCUGACACAGGAAGCUCUGAUCAGUGUGAAAGGCAUCAGUCUGAGUAGCUACCUCGAGGGUCUCAUGGCCAAGACCAUCUCUACAAACGCCGGCAAGGGUCGGGAGGCAAUGGAGUGGGUCAUCAGGCGAUUAAACACAGAAAUCGAGGAGUUGGCGGCGACCGCUCGUGGAACUUUACGUGCUCCGAUGGCGGCAGCAGUCACAGACAAAUGAUCCCAGCCGUCCCACUGCUCUCUCCACCAUCAUGAACCGAUGGAUCUCCUCAGACAUUUCCCCUCACCUAAUCUGCCAGCACGGCCUAAUAACCGCACUAAUAACCCAUUCGUUGGCCCCAAGUACGUUUUGUUUCUGUGCGUUUGUCCCGCUUCAGAAGUUGGCGCAGACAAGUUUGAUACUCGCCACUGUGGGCAAUGACGGGGAGUGUUGAGCUGAUGACAGUAAAAAAACAACAACAACAAAAACAGGGUUGAAUUGGACUGCACUUGAAGAUCAUAGGACUUAGUCGUGUGAUGUUAAAGCUCUUUCUUUUUUUAAAUUCACAUAGUGCCUCCACAUUUCAUUAAUGUUCUUCUUGUCCGUCUUCCCCCCCCCCUUCAUCUUGACCUUUUCAUCUCUCCAAUGUUUUCGUCUUUCUCGUUUCCAAAUCUUCUCAGUAAGUUGAGUAUUGUGAACAGCUGAAAUGAAGUCCCUUUUCCUGAAUUGGCCCACCUUGCUUUGUACAGCCGAACUGACCAAAUGAUCUCCAAAGCAAAACGUCACAAAUGCAAACGGUCCGUAUUAAGAUCAACCACUGCUUCAGCGACCGUUUCUUGGGAUAUCGAACCUCCGGGCUUUUUAUUCUCCACAGUCAUGUGAGGUCAGCUACUGAGCAAGCUGACAAUCCAGAUGAGUGUGCGGCCUUUUGCACCAACUGGACUUUCUCACAGAUGGAUUUGCUGUGAGCUGCAGCCAUCGGGGUUGAGACAGGACGGCCCGUUAGUGGGCGUACUUCCACGGUGCUGUAACACUUGAUGUACUUGUCCAGUUCUGAUACAACUGACACUCUUGUGCCGUCAGGUGGAACUCUACCAUCAUGGUGGAUUGGUCUUCAUUCUGGUCAUACAAAAUACUUUAUUUCUUGGAGUCUUUCUUGCCUUUUGUUCUUACUUUCUCUUCCACUGUUGUGCUGUGUGGUUGUGUUACAGAUUAAGAAUGUGCGUUCUGAAUGUCUAACUUAUUUUCAGCAUGUCUACUGAAAUGCACUUAAAUAGGUAGGAAGUCCUCAAAGUGCAGAGUUUCAAAAAGAGGCUGUGAAACUUGUGUUGUGAACGUUCAGCAGUGUUGUAGGAGGAGCUCUGCAGGGUUGCGUUCAGGAGUGCAAACAGAAAAUGUCAAGAUUUAAGUAAUUGAUGAUUUUAAUACCCCAAAACACUUUUUAUUUAUUAUCAUGAACAAACCCUCUGUUCCUUUUCUUAAUAUCUAUAGAUGGUGGUAUUUAAAGUAUAUUUGUAUCGGUGAACAUUAACAAAGACUGUUAAUUGUAUACUAUAUUUACCUUCUUUAUCCCACAUCAGACUCUCAGGUUGACUUCAGUUCGGUUUCCCCGUUUGCUCCCUUCAUCGAGAACGUUGUUUGCUUUCCCCUUUUUUCUGCUCUUCUCCUCCUUUUGGAAUUUUAACUGGGACAGAUUUACGUUUCAGGGGUUUGUGGUACAAUGGAAGCUACUUGAAAAUGUCUGUUAAUUAAACUUGGCAUCACAAGUCUUCAACGAUGUGUCACAGUUGGCAUCCUGCUCCACUGUCAUCGUCUCAGUUUAGUAGAUCUCUGUAUACAAUAGGUCUUUUUUCUUUUCUUUUUCCCCCGUCCUGCUUCCAGUACAGCAGAGUUUCUAUUUAAAUGUGUUCAUAAUGAUCUAACGCCUCAUCGGGUCCAGCUCGGGAUCAAGCCGCUUGAAGCCAGCUGAUUACCUCACAGUGUUUCAUUGCGUGUUUAUUCUGUGAACAUUUUAAGAAUAGUGGCUGUACAUAAGCUUAUAUUUAUAUUGUGGCAGUGUUACAUUCCAAGAAUGUGAACAUGAAGGAGGAUCUAAAGAGUGCACACUGAAAUGUUUCAAAAUAAAGAGAUGGCAUUGUUUCAUGA